AUGGAACGAUGGCUGAAGCUGGAACAGUGGUGGGGACGAUGCUUGGCCCCUGAGAUUUGCCAGAAUGUGCCAUAUGGCAGUAGAAUCGACGUGUGGUCGUUGGGCACUGUGCUGUAUGAGUUGCUAGUGCUGAAGCAUCCCUUUCAGAGCAGCAACAUGGCAGCCACUGUGCUGAAGAUCAUCUCUUCAGAACCUGCACCGCUUCCCACACGUUGCAGCCAGGAGGUAAAUCAAAUUGUCCAGCUCUGCUUGCAGAAAGACCCGUCCCGGCGGCCGUCCGCAAAGGAGCUCCUCGCUCAUCCUGCUGUCAAGGGCUUUGGUGAAGAGACUGCACGGCUGGAAUCUACUAGCUCAGACCUUGGUUCCACCUGGGGCCCAAUCGUGGAGGAGGACGGCGAAGAGUCAGCCACUCUUGAUGGAGGUCAAACACGCCUUUACAAAGGCGAGUUUUGCAUUGCAGACCCUGAUGGCGACAGAUCCCUCAAGGCAGAGGGAUGCGUGGCCCAGUGA